AUGAAAAUUUUGCUGGUUUUUGACUUUGACAAUACAAUCAUAGAUGACAAUAGUGACACCUGGAUUGUACAAUGUGCCCCAGAGAAAAAGCUUCCUAACGAACUACAGGAUUCUUAUAAAAAAGGAUUUUGGACAGAAUUUAUGGGCAGAGUCUUUGAGUAUUUGGGAGAGGAGGGUGUAAGAGAAGAUGAAAUGAAAAGAACAAUGGCAUCAAUACCUUUCACUCCAGGGAUGGUAGAGCUUUUAAACUUUAUAAGAAAGAACAAGGACAAAUUUGAUUGCAUCAUUAUUUCAGAUUCAAAUUCUGUCUUCAUUGAUUGGGUUUUAGAAGCUACCAAUUUUCAUGAUGUGUUUGAUAAAGUGUUUACAAAUCCAGCAGCUUUUGAUAGCAGAGGUCAUCUCACUGUGGAAAAUUAUCACGCUCAUUCUUGCAAUAAGUGCCCCCAAAACCUUUGCAAAAAUGUAGUUUUGGUAGAAUUUGUAGAUAAACAGUUACAACAAGGAGUGAAUUAUACACAGAUUGUUUAUAUAGGUGAUGGUGGAAAUGAUCUUUGCCCAAUAACCUUUUUAAAGAAAAACGAUGUUGCCAUGCCACGGAAAGGAUAUACUUUACAGAAAACUCUUUCCAGAAUGUCUCAAAAUCUUGAGCCUAUGGAAUCUUGUGUUGUAGUUUGGUCUUCGGGUAUUGAAAUAAUUUCUCAUUUGCAAGUUCUAAUAAAGGAAUAA